AGGGAGAGAGGGAGGGAGGGAAGGCGGGAUCAGAGGGGGAGGACUCUGGGACUGCUAGGACUUGUGGUGGAGUCUCUCUCUCUCUCUCUCUCACUCUCUCUCUCUCUCUCUUUCUCGUCUCUCUACAGUUUGGAGUUGAGUCAGAUGAGAGAUCUGGUCCUGACCGUGAACGUGAGUGUAUAAGAAACUCCGUUAAAAUAUAAAACACAUCCUGGACUUAAGUUUGAAGCAGUAGUGUCUAUCUCCAGCUGCAACUACGAUGACAAACAACUCUCUCCUUGGCACAGUAAAGAGAUGCAUUUGAACUUUUCCUGCUAGUACAAAUCCUAAAGGAGACGAAGGAAAAGAAAAGGAAACAGAAGAAGAAGAAGAAGAAGAAGAAGAAGAAGAAAGAGAGGAGGACGAGGCGCACUUUUUGAAAUCAAAGAUGGAGGAAGGCUACGAACUUGACCUGACCUAUGUGACGGAGCGCAUCAUCGCCGUGUCCUUCCCGCAGGCCUGCUCCGAGGAGACCUACCUGCACAAUCUGAAGGAUGUCACGCGCAUGCUCAAGUCGAAACACGCCGAUAACUAUUUGGUGAUCAACCUGUCAGAGAAGAAACAUGACCUGACCAAGAUGAACCCUAAGACUUUAGACACGGGCUGGCCGGACCUGCACGCUCCUCCUCUGGACAAGAUCUGCACCAUCUGUAAGGCCAUGGAGAACUGGCUGAACAACGACCCGUUACACGUGGUGGUCAUCCACUGCAGGGGAGGUAAAGGCAGGAUCGGAGUCAUCAUCUCUUCCUUUGUUCACUUCACGGACAUCUCCGCCAGCGCAGAUCAGGCACUGGAUCGCUUCGCCAUGCGAAAGUUCUACGACGAUAAAGUCUCUGCUGUGAUGACACCGUCACAGAAAAGAUAUGUAUGGAUCCUGAACAGUCUGCUCAGUGGCUCCAUGAAGAUGAACGCCUCACCUCUCUUCCUGCACUGUAUCAUCCUACAUGGGAUUCCCAACUUUGAAAACUCAGGGGUGUGUCGUCCGUUCAUAAAGGUGUAUCAGGGCAUGCAGGUCGUCUACGUCUCCGGAGUGUAUCACAUCGGACCAGGCCACAGACACAAGGUGUGCAUAGCCCUGGAGCCGGCGCAGCUACUGAAAGGAGAUAUAAUGGUGAAGUGUUUCCAUAAAAGCAGUCCGUCUCAGCGAGAUCUGGUCUUCAGACUGCAGUUCCACACCGGAGCCGUGCAGGGAUACAGCUUGAUGUUCGAGAAGGAGGACAUGGAGCAAGCCAACAAAGAUCCCAGAUUUCCGGAUUACGGCAAAGUGGAGCUGGUGUUCUCUGAGGGCCCUGAGAGGAGCCAAGGAGCUGAUCUCUGGCAGAACGGUGCCGCUGUGUCGGUGGACUACAGCUCUACAGACUCGCUCACCAGAUGGGACUCGUACCAGGACAUGUGCAAUGGGGAAGCUCCUCCUUUGCAGCCCCCGAUCGCAACCCUGGACAAAUUCUCACCUAAACGAAGCCAGGGCAGCACAGUCAUCCUUAGCAGAUCCAACCGCACCACAUCCGUCACUUCCAGCCCCGAGCAUAGUGAUCACGCUCUUUCAGCCAGCAGUGACUCUGGUCUCUCGAGUGCUUCCCUUUGGACUGAGCGCUGCCCUGUGUCUGGUGGAAAGUCUGCUGGUCCCAGUGAACAGGAGAAGGCAGAUCUGAAUCGCCUGCUCACUGGAUUUGGGCUCGAUGAGCCUCGGACAGAUGACGGAAUGGAGCUGACGUCCGCCUCUCGGGGAGUACUUCAUCACCCGGUGCAGGUCCAUAUAAACGGCAACUCCAGGCCGAAAGAGCGAGAAACCGACAUCCUGGAUGACGAGGUCCUGAUGUCGGGCCACGACCUGCGCAGUGUGGACAGUCUGGGGACUCUCUCAUCAUCAUACCACAAGAGCAGUCAAAACUCUCUGCUCUCUGAUGGCUUCUGCAGCCCUGGCGUGAUUGAGGACGUCCCACAUCAUGGCACAGCGGCCAUGGAAGAAUUUGAGCGAGCAUACGCUGAGACUCGGAGAAACUGCCUCGCCAAGAGAACGGUCUCUGUUCCUGUCACCACCACUUCCAGCACAGCUUCCAGGGGGCAGCAAUUCCAGCAAGGAAACUACUCCACUCAGACCUGGGUCCGCCAGCAGCAAAUGGUAGUGGCCCCGCACUACUCCUACCUGCCCGAGGAAAGUGGAGUGGAGGAGAACUUCCACAGGGACAAGCAAGAGAUUUCACCCAAAGUGAUCCUUAGUGAUCAAAACCAUGCUGCUCUGAACCCAAAGGUAUCUCCAAGCCAGGAGAGCGAGAAAAAUCACGACGAGGAGUUUAACUCCCUCACAGUGGACAUUGACAACUCCAUCGACCAGCUUAACCAGCUGAUCCUGGACUUGGACCCUACAUUUGUGCCCAUCCCAACACGGACCAAUUCAGUUAAAACAAAUGGAGGGUCUACGGCUAUGACUACUACGUGUAACAGCAAGGGCUUGACGCUCAGACUCAAUGAGAACAACAGGAAUCAGCAGACAGCCGUCCCACCUGCCGGAGAGAGUUUGCGCACUCUGAGUCGUCAGGGCAGCGAAGUGUCCGAGCACUUGACGGUGUGUGUGCGGCCGGCGUGGGAAACGGAGGCGGAGUUUGGGGACAGACUGACAUACACACACAGUGUAGCUCCACCACAGCGAGCUCCUCUGUACAGAGCAAACAGUGUGGAGUACCGAGGUCCGAGCGCUGGACUGGGCACAGGAAGUGACACGGUUCCUCCAACACCGGCCUUCCCCAUCUCACCACCCACACCUUAUGUGAAGAACAUGCCGGAAUUUACGCACUUCGCCCAGACGCCGUCUCCUAGCACGCCGAUGUAUGGAGGCUUUAGGACCGAGCACGAUAUGAAAGCGUUUGCGGAUAUUAUGAGGCAUGACGAGAGCAGAGUGAACGUGUCUCACAGAGCCUUCCAACACUCCCCGCCCACUGGAGGAGAGAUAACCCUCACAGACAGCUCGGGUCAGUCCUCCUGCCCAGAAGGGGCGCUGCUCAGUCACCACACCUCCAUCAACUCCCAACACCCCGGCCCCAUGGGUUACAACCAGAACUCAAUUCCAUCCCACCAUCCUCACCCACACCCCCCUCACCCCACCCCCAAUGCCCACAGCGCUCCCUGGGGCAGCCAGAAGACCCGAGUGGUGCAGUACACGCUGAACCAUAGCCCAGCGUUCAGCUUCGACGAGGAGCCCGAUGGUCUGAGCUACGAGCCCCAGCAGCCGCCACUUCCUGAAAAGAUGCGCACCUUGGACUGCGACCGUUCGUUAGGUUCGGUGUCCCCGGCACCUAGCGGGUUCUCCAGUCCGCACAGUGGGAGCUCGCUCUCUAUUCCCUUCCCCAACUCACUGCCCGAUUUGCAGACCAGGACCACCAGUAUCAGCCCGCUACCAGACGUCCUGGUGAGCAAGCAGGUGACGGUAAAGUUCGUCCAGGACACUUCCAAAUACUGGUACAAACCAGACAUCGCGAGGGAACAGGCCAUCGCAGUGCUGAAGGACAAAGAACCCGGCUCCUUCAUCGUACGCGACAGCAACUCGUUUAAAGGCGCCUACGGAUUGGCUAUGAAGGUGGCCACGCCCCCUCCCUCCGUGGUGCAGCAGAGUAAGAAGGGUGGAGAUUUGUCCAAUGAGCUUGUCCGUCAUUUCCUGAUUGAGUGCACACCUAAAGGAGUUCGACUGAAGGGCUGUCCUAAUGAGCCUUACUUUGGGAGUCUGACUGCACUGGUUUGUCAGCACUCUAUCACACCGCUGGCUCUGCCAUGUAAACUCAUCAUUCCAGACAGAGAUCCACUAGAGGACACUGUUGAAGCAGCACCACAGUCCAUCACCAACUCUGCGGCCGAGCUUCUGAAACAGGGAGCAGCGUGUAACGUGUGGUUCCUGGGCUCUGUGGAGAUGGAGUCUCUGACAGGUUACCACGCCGUGCAGAAAGCCACCACAGACCUGCUGAGCUCCGAGCCUGCGCCUUCCUCCACCGUAGUGCACUUCAAAGUGUCCUCACAGGGCAUCACUCUCACUGAUAACCAGAGGAAGCUGUUCUUCAGGAGACACUACGCUGUCAACACUGUUAUAUUCUGCGCUUUGGACCCUCAGGACAGGAAAUGGAGACGGGACGGAUACCCAUCAGCUAAGAUUUUUGGUUUCGUAGCCCGGAAGACGGGCAGCGGCAUGGACAACGUGUGCCACCUGUUUGCUGAACACGACCCCGAGCAGCCCGCCAGCGCCAUCGUCAACUUCAUCUCCAAGGUCAUGAUCGGCUCGCAGAAGAACGCCUGAUCUGAUCAGCUCGACAUGUUAACCAGGAGGCGCCAAAUCAACCCCAUUCACCCCCAUUUUCCCUCUCCAAAUGGACCUGCUGUCCACUGAUGAUGACAUCACACUGUGUGUCACAUGAGCGCAAACUCUACAGCUAUCGUUAAUGAGGGAGGACUCUUAUGGAGCGCUAAAGAGAGAAAACGUGUGUAGGUUGGGACUGUGCUGCUACUCAGCUUUAAAAUAAAAGUGUAUGUUAAGUGUCAUGUAUAUUGUAUAUGUAUGUAAUGGUAUGUAACCAAACUGUAUUUAUUGUAUUUUUUUCUUUGCAGAAUAUUCACGUUUUUCAGGAUAUAAACUUCAGAUUGCUUGUGUCUUACGUGCGGGGAAUUAUUGUUGAUGUUGAGUGUUCUCUCGCUUUUAUUGGAACUUUACUACUGACCAUCUAUUGAUGAACGGCGUAUACACACUCAUAGCUGGGCCAGUUUAGAGGACUAGUUAGUUAGCUGUAUUUUUUAUAAAGAACUAUGUGUUUAUAUUUUAAAGGGCUAUAUGAACUAAGUCACUAGUAUUUGUAACAAGACCAAAAACCUUUUUUUUUUUUUUUUUUUUUUUUUUUUUUAAUGUAGCUGGUAGUUAGAGGGUCUGAUCGUAAAAAUUUCCCUGUUUUUUUUUAUUUUAUUUUUUUUUUUUAUAAAUCUGGCUGGUAGAUGAGGGUUUCAUUCAAAAUGUCUUUCUUUCUUAAAUGUGGCUGUAGUUAAGAGUUUUAACUGCAUUUAGGUUUUUCUUUUCUUUUGUUUUUUUGUUGUUGCCGGUAACUGAGGGUAUUGAUCACGAAUUUCACAUUUCAUAUAUAUAUACAUAUGUAUAUAUAUAUGUUGUUUUUUUUUUCUAGGGGGAGGGCGGACCCCCAAUGUUGUGCAUCUCAUUUCAUUUCACUUAAGCUUGAUUCUGCCUAUGCAAGAUGUGUAUUAACUACAGCAUAACAAGUAAGGGCUAAAUGUUAAUUCACAACCUUGAGGUAUUUUUUUCUUUAAGGAUAAAUAUCCUAUUUUCUAAAAAGCAUUUAGGCUGCUUGCCCAAAAACUGGACCAAUAAUUAUUGUAAAAGUGAUUUUCAUGUUUAUUUGAAAGCAUAGUAAAAGAAAAAAAAAAACUGUAUUUUUCUAUGUAAACCUUAAUAUAUUCAGUAUCCAGUGGCUUUAUGUUACAUUGAACAGAUCAAUCGUUGUACUAAUGUUGUACUGAUUGCUGUUAAACACUCUGCCGGUGUAUAGGAGUGAUUGUUUCGAAAGCGUCAUGUUGAUAAAGGAAUAUAUCUGAACAGUGUGUACUCUGAUUGUAGUAUUACAGUGUUGCGUAUCUGUUAUUAUGUAAAUGCUCAUGCUAGUUUUAUUACAGUUUAUCUCUGAUGCUAAACAGAUCAAAGACAAUGUUUUUUUUUUCUUCAUUGCUGCUUCAUUACAGUGAAGUGAUUGAUGGGAUGGGGUGGGAUGGCAUUGAACGACAGAAUAAACACUGCGGACUCAUCGUUGGGUGUCGGAUCAGUGCAUCGCUCGGUAAGACUGAAAAUAUAUGAGAGUGUGUUAUAUGAAAUAAAAACACUUAUAUGAAAUAAAACACUUGAGAAUGUGCUGUUAUAGGAAAAUAAUCAACGACAGGCUAGUGUGAUAAACCCGAGUUACUGUUAUCAUCUCGAAGUUGAUUAUUUUCCAAAAACAGGACAUCCCGGAGUUUGAUUCCUCUUCUA